CAAGAAGAAGAAGAAGAAGAAGGAAGAAGAAGAAACGAAGUAGUCUCCCCAUGCUUCAGCAAGGAUAGUUGUGAAACAGUGGAGUUGAUGCUUCUGGAGUAAAACCUCUGAUAUUUUCGGGCGUUAUGUUGUGUUGUGUGUCAGAAAGAGCCGUUUUCCUCGGUGUUUAACCAGCUGGUGCAGUAAAUCAAAAAGAAGAGUGUAACCUGUCUCAGCGUGAAGAAAUGAGCUCGGUCAGAGAGGAAGGUAAAGACCGAAUUAUCUUUGUUACCAAAGAGGAUCAUGAAACACCCAGCAGUGCUGAGCUUGUAGAGGAAGAUCCCAAUGACCCAUAUGGGGAGCGAGGUCUGAUUCUUCCCAAUGGGGACAUCAACUGGAACUGCCCCUGCCUGGGUGGGAUGGCCAGUGGUCCCUGUGGGACUGAGUUUAAGGACGCAUUCUCCUGUUUCCACUAUAGUAAAGAGGAGGUGAAAGGCUCUGACUGUCUGGAGCAGUUCAGGGCCAUGCAGGAGUGUAUGCAGCGUUACCCAGAGCUCUACCCACAAGAAGAUGAGCGAGUGCCACAAGAACAGUCGUCUGAAACAGACCAGACCUCACAAGACUCUGCAUCUGCAGAAACAUCAGGUGCAAACUCAACAUCCUCCAUGGAGGAAGACUCUGAUAUCACACUACCAAACACAGAGAGCUCAGUCGAAAGCUAAUAAUGAGUGUUAGUGUUAACGUGAGGAACAUGUGUUUAAAGUCCAAAUGAAAUCACAUUUAGUCAUCCCUAUUUUUCAGACAAAACUUAAUGCCGACAUGUUUUUAAAUUUACUGUUAAUAGGUUGUUUUUUUUUAUUGUUAAAAGAAAGGAACAAAGUUUUUCUGGGUAAAACAUUGUUAAUGCUUGUUUUUACUCUCAGCGACUGCAGGGACAUGUCUGUGUUUGAUUGACAGCAGCUGGAAGGCUGAAUUACCAGCAGAGGAAAAAGAGAGGAAGUUAAAAAAAAAAAAAAACAACAACUUGCACAGUAAUUUACAAGCAGACAGUGUGUUGUUAGCAGUGGUACAGAAGAGCAAUGGCCACACCAGCAGCUAAAUUGAAAUGAUAUUUGCAGGCACAUUUACAUGCUGUUUAGAAUGCAUGCACCUGACCAGCUUUUUAGUUAUCCAGCCUGCAGACUGGCAUCAGAAGUGCACUCACCUGGUGCAUGUUUGUUUGGUCACUCGUUUGGUUGUUCACAAUCUGGCUUCUGUUUUAUGCAGAUAUGGUUUAAAAGGAACUUCUGUGAUUCCUUUAUUCAGAUGGAUUUAUGUGAAGACAGGGGGCACCAUCACAAAACUAAAAAAUGUAAAGUAUAACUUCUCCUUUUUGGUUUCUAAUUCUUUUCUCAGAGGAAACACAGGACAUGUGAUUUAUGUUAUAAUAGACAUAAACAUUAAGUUUUAUUCCAUUUGGACUUCAGACUUUCUUUUUAAGACUAAGAUGGGCUUAUAAUUGUGUGAAACAAAUGUAUUAGGGUCAAUGAAAAAUUGACUGUCUUGAGAGUUAAAAUUCAACUUGUACAGUUUUGCCUUUGGUUGCAGGGAAAACAAGAUUUUAAAAAAUCUUUAAUUCAAUCAAGAGCUUAGAGGACCAAGCUGAGCACACACAUUGAAGUGAAUAGUAUAUAUUUUUAACUUCAGUUGUGUUAAGAUAAACAGUUCUACUGCCCCAUGCUGUUAUUUAUUAUGAAAAGGUCUAAAACUGUAAGAUUACAGUAACAACGUAUAUUUAUCCAUUUUCUCUCAUAUCUAGGCUAUUUUCUUAUGAUGUAAAAUGUAUAACAUUUUACAUGCGCAGUAUGUAUUCUACAAAGUUUGUCAGUAAUGUCGCUGAAAAAGUUGCUAUAUUCACAGAGGAGGAAAGAAUGUACUGAAGAACAUGUUAUAGCUUUUUAGUGUUGAAUCUUGAAUAGUGUGUCUCCACUAGUGUGCUCUGUCCUGACUGUGCUUCUUCUCUUAAUUUAUAACCAGACUUAAAACUUUUACCUCAGCUGAACUCUACCGUUUGUGUGUAGCAUAGGACUGACUGAAGUGACUUGAAGUGAAAUACUGUUGAAAGUUUUAUAAUAAAUUGUGUGAUACCUCUGUGGUUCUUGUGAGGUUGUAAACCUCUUUUAUCCUCUAGACCUGAUCUGUGCAGUGACCGUCAUUAAACACCCAUGAUCACCUAA